GCUGUGUCUACUUUGUGCUGGGCCUAACACGUUCGAAGACCAUUCGUCGUGAACUUCUCCAAUCGGAUCUCGAAAUCACUUCCUAUUUUGCGGUUUACCAACUAACUACUUUUGACUGCAUAAUAACCAGGGAACGGUGAAAACUGAGAUAAUUAUCUAAGCUUCAGCGAAGGAGGUACUGGUACUGUAUAUAACUUACAGUACAUUAAUUUGUCAUUUGCUGUUGCUACGUAUUCCAUUAAUGAGGAAGUGUGCAUAAAGCGUCGAAAUAUUUCCGAAUGACCGGUUAACUAAUGUUCAGCAAAUUCGAACAUUCAUUAUUUCGGUUGAAACGUCAUAGGACAACCGGUGCAUGAGGCUACUGUGUUUCAAAUGGUUUAUUGACGUCUCCGUCGGCGGCCCUUUAUGAGGUAAUAUAAUCGGUUUCGUCACAGUACCAUAUCGUGUAUCUUUCCGCCUACUUCAGAAACAACAUGAAUAUAAUACAGUAAACAUUUCAUUGUCUAUGAAGAGAGGAAGGACACCGGUGAAACAGAAAACAGAAUUUCUCCGAAGAUUUCUAAAUCUCAUAGUCAUGGACCAAUAUGCAGUUCCUUCCAUGAAAGGCAUAUAUCGAAUGGUUUUGCCAGUAGCGUUUGGCUUCCUGCUAUCUAUUCCGAAGAGAGCUGGUGCGCAAGACGUGACGUCCAUUGUAGGUACAGAAUCGUCUGGAGUAGAUCGUGAAUGGUUUCUAUACGGCAGUCUGAUAUCGCUUGCAGCCGCCUUUGUAUUCUUGAUGCUCUUCCUGUGUGUGUGGUUCUGUCCUUGCUUCCAGUCUUCUGUUCAGACGGACGAAACCGGACUCAGGCAAGGUACAGGUAACGAGCCAAGAAGGAGGAUGUACCCUGGAGCAGAAGAAACAGAGGGCUCUAAAUCCACGUACGAGCUUGCUAAAAUCGAAUCACAAAAUUCAAGAAAUGACAGUAAUGGAGACAAGAUCCACCCGGAUUCACCGUUUCUAAUAAAACUGAAGAAAUUAUCCGAUUCAUCUGAGCAAAUUACAAGCAGUGAUAAAACAAUAAUUGAAUCUGAAAUACACGAAACAAUACGUCAUUUAAGUGAGUCGACCGAGCCUGUUGAUGACGUCACAAGCAACGGGAACUGUGAAGUAGGCAUGUGAAUUAUACAUCUCAUGUGUAAUCGGUAGCAUUUCAGAAUUGAGGAAAAGGGUGAAAAAUACAGUUUACUCUGGUUAUUUAUUAUUAGAGUCGGUAACGAUGCACGCUUGAUGAAGAUGAGUGUUUGUGGGGCAAUGGAUUAAAACUGAUUAGCAAACAGCCCAAGUUCAUUCACCUACAAAGCAACCACAACUGCAACGAAAUUUGAACAGUGCAAUACAAGUUAUACUGACAACUUAAUCGAGAUUGAAUUGGUUACUUUGGUUUAUGUGAGUGGUCACCAGACCUUACGUCUUUUCAUGUAACAGCGUCCAUAAACGUCAGCGCGUGCGCGUAAUUAUGUAAAUGAAACUACGUGCUGCAGGCGGCCAUUUAAUAUUAUUACUCAUUUAAUUGAUUAUUCAAUCAUCAACGUCGCUUGGCUAAAUUUCCUGGCAAGUACAAUAGUACGCCAUGCUUACAUUAAAUGUAUUGAAUAAAGAAGUGACGACAUAAUAUGAGUUAAAAUUGUUCCCCCCCCCCCGAACUCAGGUGGUUCCUGGGUUUUAAUCACGUGAGUCACCGACUGGAAACAAUUGCACUCCAUAAAGCUCUGUCCAGACUGUCAAAUGUUCUUUGACAAAAAAUUGUUGUAUGCCGAUAUGCCCAUAUAUAGUCAUGCCGUGCCUAUAAAAGGUCAUGAUGUGAUGUCAUCAUGACCAUAUUUAGGCAUGUCACAUGUUUCUUAAUUAAAAAUUGAUAGUCUGGACAGGGCUGCAUUAUAGACUUUACAAAGUGAAAGAAUAUGCUUUAUAGAUUAUGCAUCGUUCCAUACUGUCAAUAUAAAGUGUAGCUUUCUUACUGCUGGGUGAAAUAAAUAAUUUCUAAUAAUAGUUUAGCCUUUUUGAAUACAAAACACGUCCGUCAAUACGCUGAAGAUUUUACGCAUGAUAUAAUAUCCUGCUCGAGUGGGGUCAAGUGUGGAAUGCAUUUUAAAAUGUUUUAAAAUCAGCAAAACGGAAAGCUUAGAAUAUGAACGCCAGUAUGAAACGUCCUGUAUGUUUUAUUUCAAAACAUAAAUGUACACCACUACUGAGCCUAGGCCUAUAACAUACGUAAAACCUCGAAUAGAAGCCAUGGGCUUCUUUUGUUUUUUAGGACCCUUGGAUGGGCUUGUUUUUGAGAUCACCGUACUUUUGCAAAAAAAUAGUGGGCUUUUCCAACCAGGCCUAUGCAAUUCGAAAUUCUGUUUAAUAUUUAAAAAAAAAUUUAAUAAAACAAUAUUGAUACAGACACGCUAUCAUAAUCAUCAAAGAACGUUAGUCUGAAUGUAAGUAUUAUAUCGAAAAGAAUCCUAUCCUAUCUUGAUUAGAAGCCCAUGGGCUUCUUUUCGAGAAGGGCUUCUUUUCGAGAUUACUUUUGCAAACUAAAGAGUGGGGCUUCUUUUCGCGAUGGGCUUCUUCUCGAGAUUAAGCCUAUUGGGCUUCUGUCCGAGGUUUUACGGUAUUUGUAUAACUUAUUCAAAUUGUAUCCUUAAUUACUUAAAUUAGAAUAACAACCUACUUUUUAAAUAUUUGUUAAUAAACCCAUUUGUAAAUGUAAUUUAUUUCAGCCAUUGGGCUUGUUUUAAUACAGUAAUACCAAAACGUCUUUAUAAAUUUAUCAAGUAAAUCAUGACAUCAAUUCAAAAAGUUGAAAUUAGCUUCCUUUAACUGUUUCAAGUUUUACAGUUGUAUAAAUAACUUUUUAAUGUUCAAUUCAAUUUUUACUUUGUUGUAUAUGUUUUAAUUGUAUAUAACCACUGAAAUUGAUUAGCUGGUCUAAGCGUAUUUAUCAAUUUUUGUAUCUUUUUUAUAUCAUUAAAAACAGAAUGUAUUUUGA